AUGCGAGAGCAAGCAACAUAUGCAAAGGAUGGAGGUCCUCAACUAAACUUUCUCGGUCUCAAUCGCUACCCCGACCCUCAUCAAGCCGAAUUGAAAAGACGAUUGUGCGGCUUGAGGAAUUUUAAGGUGCACACUCAGAAAGACCUGAGACCAGAGAACUUGUUCGUCGGCGUAGGGUCAGAUGAGGCCAUCGACGCUCUUCUACGAUGUUUCUGUGUGCCUGGAAAGGACAAGAUCCUUACAUGCCCUCCAACAUAUGGUAUGUACGCGGUCAGUGCGCAAGUCAACGAUAUUGAGAUUGUACAUGUUCCUUUGAACGUGACAAAGGGGUUUGCGCUACAGCCAGAUAGGAUCAAUGAAUCGUUAUCAUCAGAUGCUAGUAUCAAGAUGGUCUAUGUCUGCUCACCAGGCAACCCUACGGGAAGUUUGAUUAAAAAGGAAGACGUACAGCAGGUGCUCCAACAUCCAACAUGGAACGGGGUGGUUGUGCUUGAUGAAGCAUACAUUGACUUUGCUGCGGAUGGAUCGAGUCUAGCAGAAUGGGUUUUAGAGUGGCCAAAUCUCGUGGUUAUGCAGACACUGAGUAAAGCAUUUGGCCUGGCAGGCAUCCGAUUAGGAGCUGCCUUUUCAAGUCCUGACAUCACAGCACUGCUUAACAACCUCAAAGCUCCAUACAAUAUUUCGAGUCCAACGAGUGCAUUGGCAAUCGCCGCAUUGGAGUCAAAAAGUCUUGCUGUCAUGCGUGAAAACCGUGCCAAGAUCUUGAAGCAAAGGGAUUGUUUGAUGGAAGAGCUUCCCAAAAUACCAGGUAUUGGACGUUUCCUGGGUGGGACUGACUCGAAUUUCCUACUUGUUGAGAUACUUGACGCGCCUCGCCAGAGUGGGGGCAGACCUGAUAACGUGACAGCUUUGUCGGUCUAUGAAACACUGGCGGAGCAGAGAAGAGUAGUGGUCCGGUUUCGAGGCAAGGAAAUGGGCUGCGAAGGCUGUUUGCGGAUCACAGUAGGUACGGAAAAGGAGGUGAAUAUAUUUCUAGACGAGAUUGCAGCAGCGUUGAGAGACAUCCAUCACCAAGCUCUAUCAGACGGGACGAUGAGUCAGGAGGAGCGAAGGGCCGAGAGCAGAGCAAAUAAUGUGAUUAGCUAG